UCUAAUGUAACAAUUUGGUAUUUUCAGACUACACACAACACAGUACAUUCUGUGUAUUGUGUAUGGUCGGUUCUUAAAUCUGUGAUAUAUUCGAAGUGUUGAUUUAAAAAAAAAUGUCCAAACCUCAGAGCGAUUUCGAGAAAAGAAAGCAGAUCAGUGUACGUGGUAUCGCCGAAGUAGAAGAUGUGACUGCUAUUAAAAAAACAUUCAAUAGGCAUUUGCACUAUACUCUGGUUAAGGACAGAAAUGUUGCAACCCCUAGGGAUUAUUAUUUUGCCCUUGCUCAUACAGUCAGGGAUCAUCUAGUUUCAAGAUGGAUAAGGACCCAACAAUACUACUACGAAAAAGACCCAAAGAGGGUCUACUACUUAUCCCUAGAAUUCUACAUGGGAAGAUCCCUGUCCAACACCAUGAUCAAUGUUGGCAUUCAGUCUCCAGUGGAUGAAGCCCUCUACCAACUUGGUUUGGACAUUGAAGAACUGGAGGACAUAGAAGAAGAUGCUGGUCUUGGAAAUGGCGGUCUUGGUCGACUGGCUGCAUGUUUUCUCGAUUCCAUGGCAACGCUAGGCAUGGCUGCCUACGGUUAUGGCAUAAGAUACGAGUACGGUAUCUUCAAUCAGAAAAUAGUGAAUGGAGAACAAAAAGAAGAGCCAGACGACUGGUUACGAUUUGGUAAUCCAUGGGAGAAAGCUCGUCCUGAAUAUAUGAUUCCUGUUAAUUUCUUCGGGAACGUUAUUGAUUCACCAAAGGGGGGAAGACAAUGGGUCAAUACCCAAGUAGUGUUUGCUCUUCCAUAUGACAAUCCAAUUCCUGGCUACAAGAACAAUGUGGUCAACACCCUCAGGUUGUGGAGCGCCAAGUCACCAGUCGACUUCAACCUGAAAUUUUUCAAUGACGGUGAUUACAUCCAAGCAGUCCUUGACCGAAACCUGGCGGAGAAUAUUUCCAGAGUAUUAUACCCCAACGAUAACUUCUUCGAAGGCAAAGAACUACGUUUGAAACAAGAGUAUUUCAUGGUCGCAGCAACCCUGCAAGACAUCAUCCGCAGAUACAAAGCUGCCAAAUUUGGUUCGAGAGAGAGCGUCAGAACCAAUUUUGAGUUCCUACCAGACAAGGUGGCCAUACAGCUCAACGAUACACACCCCUCUUUGGCUAUCCCAGAACUGAUGAGAAUUCUUGUGGACAUCGAGGGUCUUCCAUGGGAAAAAGCUUGGGGUAUCACAGUCCGUACCUGUGCCUACACCAACCACACCGUUCUACCGGAAGCUCUAGAAAGAUGGCCGGUAUCUAUGCUGGAAUCUAUCCUGCCAAGACACCUUGAAAUCAUUUAUCAUAUUAAUUUCCUUCACAUGAAAGAUGUCGAGAAAAAAUGGCCUGGAGACUGGGAUAAAAUGAGAGAAAUGUCUUUGAUAGAAGAAGACGGAGAGAAGAGAGUUAACAUGGCUCAUUUGUCUAUUGUUGGGUCCCAUGCUGUCAAUGGAGUGGCCCAAAUUCAUUCGGAUAUCAUCAAGAAUGAUUUGUUUAGAAAUUUCUACGAACUGACUCCAGAGAAAUUCCAGAAUAAAACUAAUGGUAUAACACCCAGAAGAUGGUUACUGCUGUGCAACCCUGGUCUUAGUGAUGUAAUUUCCGAAAAAAUAGGCGAGGAUUGGAUCAUCCAUUUGGACGAGUUGCAGAAAUUAAAAAAGUUCGCCAAGGACUCCAAUUUCCAACGCGCGAUUGUGAAAGUCAAGCAAGAGAACAAGCUCAAGCUGGCUAAAUACCUAGAGAGCGAGUACAAGGUGAAAAUCAAUCCAGCUUCGAUGUUUGACAUCCACGUUAAAAGAAUCCAUGAAUACAAGAGGCAGUUGUUGAACUGCUUGCACAUCAUCACCCUUUACAACAGGAUAAAAAAGAAUCCUAAGGCUAAAAUCACACCUAGGACGGUUAUGGUUGGAGGUAAAGCAGCUCCUGGAUACCACACUGCCAAGAAGAUCAUCAAACUUAUUUUAGCUGUUGCUAAGGUUGUCAACAACGACCCUAUUGUCGGGGACAAACUGAAAGUUAUCUUCCUCGAAAACUACAGGGUAACUUUGGCAGAAAAAAUCAUUCCUGCGGCUGAUCUUAGCGAGCAGAUUUCUACAGCAGGUACCGAAGCAUCGGGAACAGGAAACAUGAAAUUCCAGCUGAACGGAGCUUUGACGAUCGGUACACUAGACGGCGCUAAUGUCGAGAUGGCUGAAGAGAUGGGCAUGGACAACAUAUUCAUCUUCGGUAUGAAAGUGGACGAGGUAGAGGAACUCAAGAAGAAAGGCUACAAUGCCAACGAUUAUUAUUCUUCGAAUCCCGAGCUCAAACAGGUUGUGGAUCAGAUCAAAAAUGGUUUCUUCAGUCCGGAAAAUCCGAAUGAAUUCCAGGACUUGACUGAUAUAUUGCUCAAAUGGGAUCGAUUCUACCUAUUGGCUGAUUAUGAGGCAUAUAUCAAGAAACAGGAAGAAGUCAGUGAGGUUUAUCAGAAUCAAUCCAAAUGGGCAGAAAUGGCAAUCAACAAUAUUGCAUCAUCUGGUAAAUUCUCAAGCGAUAGGACCAUCAUAGAAUACGGAAAAGACAUCUGGGGUGUCCAACCCAGCUAUGAAAAACUACCAGCUCCUCAUGAACCACCAAAAGAUUGAAAAACUUGUGAUAUUUACUUCAUAUAAUUUUUUCAGUAAUUUUUCGUUGAAGUAUUGAAUCAGAUGUAGUAUUUCUAAAUUUUUAGAGAAACAAUUUAUAUUAUAUAAUAUCUAUGUUUCUUUCAGACAAAUGUUUCUUCAACAACAAUACUCUUUAUGUGUUUGUUAGUGCCAUAAUAUGUUAAAUUAUAAAGUAUUUUUUAUUAUGA